AAAAGAAUAUAAUUUCUCCAGUAUUGAAUGAGUCCUUAUGGAAAAAAUUGGAUGUGAAAGAAUUUGAAGAAAAUACGUGCAUACAUACAGAGAUACAUGAGAGGAAAGCUCUCCUCAAGUUCAAAGCAAGUCUUGUCGAUCCUACGAACAGAUUGUCCUCGUGGAGGGACCUGAACUGUUGCACGUGGGAAGGUGUCACUUGCGACCAGAUUACGGGGCAUGUUAUCGAACUUGAUCUCAGGGGCAAUGUUAGUUUCGACGAUGACAUGACUAAGGCUAUUUUCGAUGACAGAUUCCCACAGGAAAUCAACUCCAAAUUCUCGGAGACCAUGCAAGUUAUGAUGGCAAUCCUCAACUCUGUGGAGCUCCUCUGCAAAAGAGAUGUCCAGGAGACAAUUCGCCGAAUGCUUCAAAUGUCAAAAAUCAUGUUGAACAAGAUGGAGACUCAAUGGAUAAAAUAUGGUUCUGUGCAUUUGUGGUGGGAGGAUUCGGCACUGGAUUUUGGGGUUUCGUUGGAUUGUUGGUAUUCAAAAGGAGCUUCAGACAAGCUUACUUUGGCUUCACAGAUGAGUUGGGGAACAAGAUUCUGCUUGCCACGGCAUUACUCCGUCGGAGAAUUUCAGGCGUGGCUUUUAGUUACAAGUACUCGAGACAAACAUUGGCUUGUUUGUAAUAGAUGAAAGUUGUAUAUUUGUCUUGAACUGAAGUUUUAUGUACAAUCAAUCACUAGUGAAGUAUGCAAGUAUUUUCACUGCAACAAGCAUUCCUUUUUACCCUACGAAAA